AUGAUUGAAUGUUUGUCUUUUGUCUUUUCUGCAGGCGUCUGAGACAAACUCAAUGUUUUCCUGUGGACAUUUCCUCAUUGGACAGAAGAAGAGGAGCAUCUAAAGCGGCCAAUCAUUCUCCACCCCGACAUGGCGGACGACCUCUACAGUAGCACCUUCUCUGCUUCUGAAUCCGACUUCCCCUCCUCGUCCUCCUCCUCUACCUCCUCAGCGACUGCCUCCUUCCUCACGCUCGAGCAGAGGGCGGCCUUCGUCUUCGUCCUCAUUCUCUUCAUCUUCCUGGGUCUGCUGAUCGUCCGCUGUUUCCGGAUCCUUUUGGACCCGUACCGGAGCAUGCCGUCCUCCACCUGGACGGACUACAUGGAGAAGGACACCUUUGACUACCGAAUUUCCUGACAGGCAGCCUGAGAGGCAGCAACCCUGACAAUCAACAGGUUAAACUGAGGCGAGGAUCACACUGAGCGUGAAGCAGGAACACAAGCGCACAUUUCCCCUGUCAAAGACCAGACCAGCAGACAGCAUGCUGGGUAAUCGUUACCGAUCAAAUAUUUAAACGAAAGAAAUCAGAUGGAGACGUAACGACCUCCAUGUUCAUUAAAGAUUUAGCGCUGCACAAAGAUCAGAAAGUUCAAGUUAAAAUCGAUGAACCCCCAAAGAAGUCAGCGUGAAACAAACUGCGUCCAACAUCUGACAUCCUCGUACUUCCUGUCACCUCUACCUGCCGUAGAGCCACACGAUCAGAUUCAAUGAUUACAAUUAGAUAAUAAAGAACAGGAAGCAACAGUUUGGGGGAAAUGUGCGCUUUGUGUUUUGUCUGCUUCUUGUCUGAUUGUCGCCUCAGUCUGCCUGGCAGGCAGAACAUCUGGGCAAAAAAACACACAGCUCAUAUAAUUCGGUUCAAUCAAGAAAUUUAACAUCAACAACUCAAAAGAGAUUUCACUGUGGAACGUGAAAUAAAGGAAAUGAUCACUUCUUUUCUAAAUGUGGUUUCCUGCCUGUAGCUGUGAUUUUUUGUCCAGAUCUUUGACAUGAAGGUUGUAGAAAUCCUCAGUGUGCAGCUCUGCAGCAUGAAGAACAUGUGAGGAACGCUGAUGAGGGAUUUCUAUCAUCUUCCACGUCCAUCAAACUGCCUGCUGGGCGGCGUGUUAGGGUUGCUGUCUCUCACGGGACAAGAACAUUUUCUUUUUCACUUUUUCUUCUUUUGACAAAACUUUAAUGAACAGACUUAAAGAACUUAUUGAGAGACGUGAAGAAACAGUG